AACCUCUCUCUUCAUUCAAUUCGAACACAAGAUCAAUCCUUAAUUAUACCACCUCUUCCUUCCUUUCUCCCGUUCGUUCUUUCUUUCUUUCUCACCCCACCUAACCUAACAUAACAUAACAACGAUUGCUUUUGUUGUUUGUUGAAGAUAAAAUAAAAUAAACCCAAAUUAUUAUUAUUAUUAUUAUUAAAAAUAAAGAUGCGAUAGAUAUAGGAAUGGGAUUAAGGACCCUUCCCUUCUCCAAACACCAAACGGACGGACCCCUCCUACCAUAACCAUUUACUCAUUUAUUACCAAAACGCCGUUACCCGGUAACCGUCUUUCCCGUUAAGUCACGUGCACUGCUUCAUUUCAUGGCGCUUGAGCGAUUGACUCUCGCUCCCGUCGUUCUUGACACCGGCACCGGCAACGGCGGCGAAGACCUCAACAAAGCUCCAAGGCUGCCUCGCUGGACCAGGCAAGAACUUCUUGUGCUUAUCCAAGGCAAGAGAGUCGCAGAGAACCGGGUUCGCAGGGGCAGGAGCGCCGUUCUCGCUUUCGGCUCCGCUCAGGUCGAGCCCAAGUGGUCCUCCGUCUCUUCUUACUGUAAGCGUCACGGGGUUAAUCGGGGACCCGUUCAGUGCCGGAAAAGAUGGAGCAAUCUCGCCGGAGAUUUCAAGAAAAUCAAGGAAUGGGAGUCCCAGAUCAAAGACGAAGCAGAAUCUUUUUGGCUCAUGAGAAACGAUUUGAGGAGAGAGAGGAAGUUGCCUGGAUUUUUCGAUAGAGAAGUCUAUGAUAUACUGGAUGGUGGAGGACCCUCUUCAGCGGAAGCGGAGGCGGAGGGAGACAAGUCGUUGGUUCUUUCCCUAGCGCCUUCGGCUGCUGAGACAGAGAACGAGGUUUUGUUUGAUAGUGGGAGGACGGCGGCAGCGGUAGAUGAUGGAUUGUUUUCUGAUGAGGUCAUAGGUAGUCCGGAGAAAGCUCCUACCCCAAUUUCAGCGACACAGUAUGAGCCUUUCUCACAAGAGGUUCCGGAGCAUGAUCAUCAUCAUCCAGUCCCAACAGCAGCAGCAGAUAAAAAAAGUUCCCCAAUAAAUCCUGAUGAAGCUGCUGAUGGAACUGCUCAUCAAGGAAGUAGUCGGAAGAGGAAGCGUCCAGCCAUAGAUGCAGAUGAAGAUGAAGAUGAAGAGGAGGAGAUGUCUUUACAGAAGCAACUGAUUGAAGCCAUGGAAAGAAAUGGCAGAUUGCUUAGCUCCCAACUAGAAAUCCAAAACACCAACUCCCAGUUAGACAGGGACCAACGAAAAGAUCAUGCAAAUACCCUAUUUGCUGUUCUUAAUAAGCUCGCCGAUGCCAUGGUCAGAAUUGCAGAUAAGUUAUAGUCACACCCACACCCACACCCACUCCUAUCCUAUUUCUGUGCAUAUCAAAAUCAAACCUUUUUUUUUCUACAGUCUGCCUGCCCUUGCCCUGGGGGAUUAAGUAUUGUGGCACGUAUCCAGAUAAAAUCACUCGCUCAAAUAUUUCUCUUCUUUCUUUCCAUUGCUUAUAGCAGCAGUAUAGGUUUUGCUUUUGCAUCAAUGAUGAUAUAUAAUACACCCAUAAUAAAACGACGAAUAACUGAUUCCUUUGGUUUCCAUCAACAUUUGCUUAUGUAUCAUAAAUAAUAUAAGACACCCGUUGUUGUUGUUCUUAAAGGAAGAAAAGAAAAUGAUUCAGUUUCCAGAAAUUUCUGAUAUAUAUAUAUAUAUAUAUAUAUAUAUAUAUAUAUAUAUAUAUAUAUGGGAAAAGGGAAUAUAAGGCUGUGAUGUAUGUAUGCUUAGGUAUAGAACCCUUCAAAACUACACUGUUUUAUGGAAAAACCCACCAAAUCACGUUCCCAGCUUAUACGGGCUUUUUCCAUGCAUAUCCUUUGUUUCCUUCUCUAACUUUGCUAACAAUCUUCUCUAUUGAUUGCUCAUCCUAAACCCUAAACCCACUUGUAAUCGUAACUCCCAUCGUCAGCAAUACCAAUUCUCCAAGUCGAAUCGGCAAAUAGUUCUCUGUGUAAAAUCAAAUUGAUUUAAGGUAAAAACUCUUGUUUCCCAAUUGUUCGUUAGUAUGAUAUUUAGAAAUACAUAUAUUUACUUUUUGUUUAGGUUUCGUUCAUUCGACCUCAAAUGCGAUCAUCAUAUAAUAAUAAUAAUAAUUAGUUUUUUAUCAUUAUCAUAACGUUCUAUGAAUUUUGCAAUACAUACACAGCACAUGUAGAGCCAAUAAUUCCAAAAGCUUCUUGAAAGUGUUUUAUGAGUCAAAGCUUCAUAAAACCAUAAGUUUUAAAUCUUUAGCGGCUCAAUGAAAAACAUUUAAUUCAAAUACUAAAAUUAGAGCUUUGUGAGUCAAAGAUGGAAGAAAGUAUUGAUUAUAAUAAUAUGGGCCAUAAUAUUAAUUUCGUGUUCAAGAGAAAUAAUUUCAAACACCAAAAUAAGAGAAAAACUAAAAUACCAAUCCCCUGUUAUGUUAUUUUGUUGUUAAAUUUGAAUAAAUUAAUGAAAGCUUGAAUAUGAUGAAUCUAUAACACUUUUUUUAAUGAAAGAAAGACACAAACAGAAUUAACCCUCUAUAAUUGUCAAUUUAUCAAUGUUUAUACAAUAUGAGUUUUUACUUAUGGGUGAUGCCUUGUGUAUCUGGUACAGGACAUGCAAAACACCAUGAUAUUAGAAGCUCAAGUUGUUGAUGAUCCAUUACAAACAGAUACAACCGAAGAUGAUGAUGAGGAUAUGAACCUUUGUAGUGAUGUAUAUGAUCCUAUAAUUCCAGCCACUAGCCCUUUGACUUUAGGAUGGACUAAAUGCCAAAAAAACUGAACACAUAUGAACUAAUAGCUUAUCAAACAUAAAAUGGAUGGACUAAGUUCCAAAAUUACCAACAUUGAUAGUGAAUUAAUGUUGAAUACUUAUGUACUUCUACAAUUAUAAAAAAAAAAUAUUGAGAUAACAA